CGGUAGACAGUGGCGCCAUAGUCGUGCGGAAAAUAAAAACAUUUUGGGAAACAAAUCGGUUUUUAAUAUGUUUUUGGUGAGAAAUGCAUUGAAAUUGCCGGUGAAAAUCCUUCAGGCAUCGACAGAGAGCAAUAAAGUGUUCAGCAGGGAUGUGAAACGCUGGGUGUCUCCAACUCUCAAGGAACUCCGUCGAAGGAGGCAAAAAGUCGGUCCGGAGCCCCUUCGGCCACGUUCAUCCCACUUGGAAUGGAACUACAAGGCUGAGGUGUUUGCCUUUGGGAGUCGUUUGAAUGAGAAAUUCGACGAAAAGGUCCUCCGGCAGGCUUUCACGCAUCGCUCUUACAUAAUUCAGGAAGAGCUGAAGCAGAAGGAAGUGGGCAUUGAACAGCCGGAUGUGGCUCUGUUGGACAAUAGGGAGAUGGUGCAGGUAGGUGAGGAACUGAUAGCUAAGUAUCUCGAUCAGUACGUGGAGACGUUCUUGCCAAAAGUCCCUCUCGAUGGGAGAAUCGCGGUGAGGAAGUAUUUGAUGAGUGAAGAGAAUCUCGCUCACAUCUCCAGUUACAUCGGCACGAAGGAUCUCAUUCUGUCAGCUGAAUUUCCCGUCACACAAUCCACCCUCUCGGAUACCUUCAAAGCUGUCGUUGCAGCUCUGGAAGCCACAGAUUCCGAGAGGGCGAAUUUAUUUGUGAGGGAUUUUGUCUUCACUCAGCUCAAUCAGAAGGAUCUCGAUGAGAUUUGGGUGGUGCAAAAUCCCCUGCAGUACCUCCAAGAUUACUGCUCCAGGAACAAUCUCGGGGAAGUUGAACCGAGGCUCAUUGGCGAAUGCGGCAAGAAUACAAUCCUGGCCGCCUAUCACGUGGGCAUCUAUUGCAAUCGGAAGCUCCUGGGCACAGGAUUCGGGGAAAACGUAGAUAUAGCGAUAGAAGAGGCAGCAAAAGAUUCCUUGAGGGACAUUUUCAACACACAGACUUGGAGACAACCCAUUGACUUCCAUCAGAAACUCCCUCAAACCAAAACUCCUUCCCAUUAGAAACUGUUUUUUUUCUGUAUUUAUACAAUUCCCGGCGAAAAAGUAGAAUAAAAGGCCUCAGCUAUCACA